AUGGCGGGGGAGGAGGGCGGGGAGGAAGACAGGACGGGGAAGGCAGGUCCGACCGAGGCUCACAUACGACAGACAGGCGAGCGGGCGGAGAGGGCGGAGCGGGCGGAGAGAACGGCGGAGAAGUUUGAGCGGGCGGAGAAUGGCGGAAGGGGUGAUGCGGCAUUGAGGGACGAGUCUGCCGGUGCGGGGAGGGACAUUUCGAGUGGGGGGGGAACAGCGGAGAGAGCGGGGAGAGGAGUCGGCGGGGGGUGCGGAGAGUCGGGGGAAGAGGAGGGCAUGUAUGCGGUCGUGCGGCUGAUGCGGCGGCGGUUGGGGGAGGAGAAGGAGCGGCGCGAGGCGGCGGAGCGCGAGAAGGAGGUGUGGGAGCGGCGGUGGGAGGAGGCGGAGAAGGAGGCGCGGCGGUGGCGGCGGAAAGUGCAGCGCGCGGAGGAGUUGGCGGAGGCGAUGAGCGCGGAGAGGGGAAGACUGGCGGGCGACCUCAUGCGCGCGCUGGAGCAGGCGGAGCGCGCAGUGGCGGCAGUGGCGCAGGCAGAGGAGGACCGUGCGCACCUGGAAGUCGCGGCGGGGGAGGCGGAGAAAGAGCUCCGCCUUCUCCGCGCGCAGUGCUCGCAGCUCAAAUCCGACCUCCGCCAGACGCGCGCCGUUCCCCCCGCGCCCCCGUCCUCCACCACCACCUCCUCCUCCUGCUCCUUCCCCUCUUCCUCCUUCUCCUCCUCCUCCUCCUCUACCUCCUCUCACUCCUGCAACGCAGGCUCUCGUUCCAUGCGCUCCUCUCAAUCCCAUCGCAAGCAGCAUCUCCCCACAUCCACCCCUCCUUUGGUCCGCUGGAGCAGCCUCGGAAGCCGCCUCCCCGCUCUCCCCUCCUCCACUCUUCCCUCCUCUUCCUCCUCCUCCUCCUCCUCUUCCUCCGCGUGCCUCCCCCAACCCCCUGUGAAAUCCUCAGCCUUCCCGGUCUCUCUUACAGAACCCCCGCUUCCGGCUGCUGCUUUUCCAGGCAAUCAAGGCAGCAGCAGUAAGGGGGCGGAUAGCCGCGAGUGUUGCGCGUGUGGGGCGGAUGCUGGGGGGGAGGAUGUACUGCUGGCUUUAAGGGGGGUGCGGCGGGAGAAGCAGGCUCUGCAGCAGCGCGUGUACGAGCUUCAGCAAAAGCUGAUGGACCAACAGGCCGUUGUGAGCAAACAGGAGGAACGGCUAGCGAGAGCAGAGAGCGAGCGCGAGGAGUGGCGGGAGCAGGCCGGGGAGGUGGAGAGGGGCCGAGAGCGGUGCGUGCAGGUGCUGCGGGAGGAGCAGCAGGCGGUGCAGCAGCGGCUGGCUGCAGCAGAGGAGAAGCGGGUUGCAGCAGAGGCGGCAGCAAGGCAGGCAGAGGGGAGGGUAGUGAUGCUCGCAAGACAAGUGGCGGGAAUGGCAGCAGCUGCAGCGGCUGCUGGUGCUGGUGGUGGUGGUGGGGGUGGGGGGGGAAGAGGGGGCGGUAGUGGGGGGAUGGCUAGUUCUGGUGUUGGGAAGUGGGAGGCGCAGGGGGGAGGGAGGACCGAGAGGGGCGCGAGGGAAGGGGCUGGGUUUGGCGAGGGGGAGAGGAUGGGGGGGGAUCAGGAGGGAGGGGUGGGAAGCUGGCAGCGGCAGGGGCAGCAGGGGCAGCAGGGGCAGGAGAGGGUUGGUCAAGGGGACGGUCAGUUGGGGCCGCGUUCAACUACAAUGGAUGUGCACAGGAGAAGCCCCAGUCGCUCCUACCACCGAUCGCGCUCCUCUCGCGCGCGGCCCCUCGCACAAGCACUCGUUUCCUCCGACAAUUCAGCAGCAUCCGGAUCUCUCUCCCUCUCUGUCUCUGCUGCCGGCAACAGCUCUGUAGACAAUGCCUCAGUCGAUGGUACCUCCUACUCUUACUCUUGCUGCAGUACCGUCACAGCCACUCAUCCCUUCUCCACUAACUCCUCCUCCCGCCCGCCCACGCCGCCCUCCCGCCCCUCCACACCUCCCCCGUCCUCCUCCCCUCCCACCUCCUCCCUCACCUCCAUGUUCCUCUCACAUCUCUUCUCCUGGACCUCUCCUUCCCCUUCCCCUGCUACUUCCCCCAGUCUCUCCCCCGCCCCUUCCCCUGCUCCGUCCCCCGAGCGCCCUCCUGAUCGACCCAAGAGUUUGCUUACGGGUAGCCGCAGCAGCAAUGGCAGGAGGGGCGGGGGGGAUGGGAGGGCUGCUGUUGCAGGGGUAGCGGGGAGGGCGGUGAGAGGGGGGGGGUGGGCAGCAGCAGGGGCUGGGGCAAAGGCAGGGGCAGGGGCAGGAGUGGGAGCGGGAGGGGGAGCAGGAGGGGGAGGGAGGGAUUUGAGUGUGUCUGGGGGGAUUCGGGAAGGGGAAAAGGAGGGGGCUGAUUGCUCUUCGCUGGUAGAAGCACCAUCGCUGUCACUAUCGGAAGGGGCAGGAGCAGUAGCAGCAGCAGCAGCAGCAGCAGUUAGAGCAGCAGCUAGAGCAGCAGGAGGGGGAGGAGUAGGAGGGGGAGGAGUCAUGACAGGCAGUGGCAGGCUAGCUUCUGCUUGUGGUUCCCCUGCUGUUGCUUCUUCUUCUGCUGCUGCUGCUUCUGCUACUGCUGCCGCUGCUGCUGCUGCUGCUGCAUUUGCUGCUAGUCUCACCCUGGGUGAGGAAGGAGCAGGUAGUGUAGCAGGUGCUGGUAUGGGAGUGGGCUUGCUAGGCCAGGCAGAGGUUUGGCAACGAGGGGGGUUGGGAGAGGCCGCACCAGCAGGCUCGGAUGGGCUGGGAUUAGGGUUGGAUGAUAUGCUCUUGCAGCUUCGGGGAGGGGAAGCAGGUUUGGGCAGCAGGAGCAUGGGGAGGGGGGGUGUUGGAAUGGAGGGAAAUGUUCGGUAUUUCUCUCAGGGUAUGUCCAAUGGGGGAUUGUAUCAGGGGUACGGGCAGCAGAUGGGGGGUUGGGAAGGGGGGGUGGUUGGUGAAGGGAUGGACUUGGGGGGGCGUGGUGGGGAGGAGUUUCAUCCGCCGUCACCUCCACUCACCCUCCGUCACUUCCUGUCUUCCUCCGUCGCUUUCAGUCAUCCUCCAUCACUUCCUGUCAUCCUCCGUCAUCUCCAGUCGCCCUCCCCAUCACCAGCCAUGUCCACAGCAGCCGUCGGGCCCGCGCCUCUCCCGUCGGACCCAGUGCCGGGGAAUGCGCCGGCGGGCAAGACGGGGCUAGAGAGUGUGAUGAUGGCGGCGGAAGGGCGGGGAUGUUUAACGGCGGAUAGUUUUAUGGUGCCGCGAGGCGACCUCCAGCUCACCGACCAACAAAAGGAGCUCGUCGCCGAGGCGCGCGAGUUAAUCUCCCAGAGCGGCAUUUCGACAGAUGACGUGGACGACCGCACCGUCAUGCGCUUCCUCGUCGCGCGCGCGCUAACCCCCGCCAAGGCCGCGCCCUUAUACGUGGCGCACCGCAAGUGGCGCGCCGCGUACAUCCCGAAGGGCGCCCCGACGGUCCCGAUGGAGAGCAUCCGCACGCAAGCCGCGAGCGACUUAAUGUGCCUGCAGACCCUGCCGGGCCACGCGUCGUGGCUGCUCAUUCGACCGCGCUUCCACGACCCCAACACGCGCAAUCUCGACGAAUUCGUCCGUCUCAUAGUAUACGGCAUGGACGCGGCUCUCGGCAGCUCGCGCGCGGCGGGCUUCCACAAGUGCGGCGUGAUCAUAGACAUGGAGGGCCUGGCGUAUCGCAACCUGGACACGCGCGGGGUGAUUGCUGCUAUCGCCGUGCUGCAGAACCAGUACCCCGAGCGACUCAUCUGUCUCUUCCUCAUCCACGUACCCACCGUCUUCUGGACGCUCUGGAAGCUCGUCUCGCCCUUCAUCGACCCCAUCACCAAGAAGAAGUUCCGGUUCCUGGAGGACAGGGCCAUCGAUGAGAUCCUACAGGCAGCCAUUCCAAGGAAGCAGCUGCCGAGUCGGUACGGCGGAGAGGGCGAAUUCACCCCCAUUCGCACCGUUCAAGUGGACUCGUGGCCGUCCAAUACUGAGUGA